AUGGCCCAACUUAAUGAUCUACAUAUGAUGUUGUCAGAUAUCGACUUUGGUUCGGAUCAAUCAGAGGUUCUUCAAUGCGAGGAGCACAGUAGAUUUGCCAAUAGCAGAUCUACGCCUGCCACGAGUGAUGCAACGACCACCACCUUACCAUCAAUAUCUUUGACCGAAGACGAGAAACGUUUGUUAUCUCUACGAGACGUUGAGCGCAAGUCUUGGAAGGAAAUUGCAUUAUACUUUCAGAGCAAAUGGGGAAAAAAGAUCCGGACUGCUGCCUUGCAGAUGAGAUACAGCCGGCUCCAGCGACGGCUGCGCGCCGUAAAUGAUACGGAAAUCAGCUCCCUCCAGCACGCCCACGAUCACUGGACGACACAUAAGUGGAAACUGAUUAGUGAGAUGAUGCAUGAACUUGGCUGCGAUCGACGGUGGACUCCGGAAUAUUGUGCCUUCCGGUGGCGCAGUCUCAAGGAUGCUAGAAAUGGUUGA